AAAGGAAUUGAAGGAAAAAAAAGGUAGGUUGUCUUGAAUUUUCUCACAGAAUGGCACAUUAAAUAUGAAAGUUUUUCCAUAGAAUUUGAACGAGUGAAAUUUUCUCCCUCAUCCAUCUCUAAAUAAAAUACCAGAAUUCCAUUAUUAGACGUGCGUUAUCGAGUUAUUGUAUUCCGGCUGUUACCAGUGUGAUAUAGUGUGCAAGCAUUAUACCUGAUAUAAGAAAAUAAAAAUAAAGGAGAAAUCUCAUCGAAAAUUCGAGUCUGAAUAUUGGAUUCGAUCAAUAAAAUUCCUUACCCGGUGUGAAAAUGUAAACAGAGUCCUUUGUGUUCAAUUUUCGAAGGUCUAUUCAUUGGAAUUUUUUUGUCGACACAUGCCGUUGGGAGUUGGACGCCGGUAGACAUAACCUCAGAAAACGUUUGUCUGCUCAUUCCAACAGUUGCUGAGGUGCCUCUUCCAGGACAACAGGUGACGAUUAAUAAUUGGUACAGGAGAUUUUUCAAUUGUUAGGGAAAUUGUUGCGGUUGUUGACAAUUGUUAAUUUGGCCAUGGCUGAGAAUGAGAACAGCUCACGACGGAAGAGGAGAAAUUUUCACAGAGGUGGUGGCAGAGGCAGGGGAGGCUACAGACAAGGUGGACAUCGUGGAGGUUAUCAUGACAAACCCUUCCACAAACGCCCGGGGAUGCAGCACUACCACAACCAGAAGCGUACAAAAUUCGAGGUGACACAACGCUUGAAAGAAGUGGAUAUCGGUGUCACUGAGUUCGUGGGAACCCACGAGCGUAUCAACGGAAUAGUCAAGGAACGAUUCAAUGAUUUCCAUGUACACGAGAUCAACAACGAUGGGGAGCGUUCCCAACUGACCAGCCAGGAAAUUCCAGCCCCGCCUGAGAAUACCCUGGAUAUGAAUGAAUUGAAAAAGAACCUACCUCAGGACACACUCGCCAAGAUCGAGUCGCUCUCCAAGGCUGAUGCUAACAUUAAAUCCGUAGAGAUCGAUGUCACUGACAUGGAUAAGGAACAGCGGAAGAUGUUGCAUAGUAUUGGGAAGACGAUUCCUUCGAUCGUCAGUCAGACCAUCGAAAAGAACGAGAAGAAACUUCUGGUGCUUGCUCAUAGCAAGAAAACUGACAAGUUCUACAAAUUCGAUCGUCCGGAGUGGUCGUACCCAGGGAAUUUCUGUCAUUUCGUCCUGCACAAAGUGAACAUGGACACGAUGGACGCCCUGAAUCUCUUGGGGAUGCACCUGCGAUUGAAGCCCAACUCAUUCACCUAUGCGGGAACGAAGGAUCGUCGAGCGAGAACAACACAGUGGAUCUGCCUGAGGCGAGUGCAUCCCUCGAGCAUCCUGGAGGCUGGAAAACGAGUGCGUGGGGCCUUUGUAGGAAACUUCAAAUUUGCAGAGGAGCCCCUGAGACUGGGACAGCUGAAGGGCAACCACUUCACAAUUGCCUUGAGGAACGUGACUGCUACUGACGCGGAAAUCGAUACAGCCUUGACGAGCCUACGAGAUAAUGGAUUCGUGAAUUACUAUGGGCUCCAGCGUUUUGGAACAGUAGCCACAGUUCCCACCCAUAAGAUUGGAAAGGCACUGCUGCAGGGUGAGUGGAACACAGCCAUUGAUUUAAUUCUGCAGCCAAGGAGUGGAGAGUUUCCAGAUAUGGCAGAGGCGAGGGAGAUCUACGCCAAAACGAAGGAUGCCAAAGCAGCUUUGAGCAAGAUCCAGAGGCAGGACAAGAUCGAGGCUAAAUUGUUGAAGGGAAUCGUUAACUCUGGGCCAACAAAUCCCCAUGGGGCCCUCGAUGCACUCCCCAGAAACGUCAGGACGAUGUACAUUCACGCUUAUCAGAGUUUCGUGUGGAAUCACCUCGUGUCCAAAAGGCUCAAGGAACUUGGAAAUAAACCUAUUGUUGGGGAUCUUGUCUAUGAGAAAAGAGACACUGCUGACAGCACCGAGGUCGCUGAGACUGGAGAGGAUUCUGCUGAGCAGGGAGAAGAGAAGGAGAAGGACAAGAUUCGGAAAGAAGCUGAGUCUACCGAACCGGUUGAGGCACCAGAGGAUGGACCUGCAGGGGCUGUCCAGAACGAGCCUAAUGUUGAGAAGAUGGAGGUGGUUGAGAAAAAAGCAGAGAAGUCGGAGGACGAGCCCAUCGAGAAGGACUAUUAUCCUGUGCCACCUGUCAAGAUGCUCACUGAGGAGGAUCUCGACAGCUAUACUCUUGCUGAUAUUGUCAUGCCACAGCCAGGCUGGCGUGUAACUUAUCCUUCAUAUGCUAAGGAGUGGUACGAAGAGUUUUUGGCUAAGGAUGGACUGACGACAGACCUUCGACAGAAAAAUCAGAAAUAUUCACUUGGGGGACAGUAUAGGAAGGUCCUACAGCUUCCAGAAAAUGUGUCCUGGAGGAUAGUCCAUUACAAUGAUAUUCAGGCUGACCUCGUGCUGGCUGAUAUUGAUAAGAUGAGGCAUCACGAGCUGCCCAAGGAUGUUCCAGAGGGAAAAUACAAAGCAUUAAUCCUGGAGAUGACUCUGAGUUCAUCGACGUACGCCACAAUGGCCCUUCGUGAAAUUCUGAAGCACGAUACCGCAGCCGAUACUCAGGCUGCCCAAUCAGCUGCUCAUCAUGCACAGGACGAGAAGGACAAGCAGCUGGAGGCAGAGGAGAAGGCGAAGCUGAACGGUGACGAGGAGGUUAAACCCCCCUCUGAGGAGGAAGCUAACGGAGACGAGAGUGUUGCUGAUGAAGCAAACGACAAGAUGGAGAUUGUUGAAGAAACAGUAGCUGAGCCAGCUGAUACCCACGCUGAUUCUGAUAAGAACUAGUUAGAUAGUUGAGAAAUAAAUAAAAUAAUUUUGCGUUAUUCCAUCUUUUAUAAAUCUCUGUCUCUUUUUCUAUAAAUUUAAAUCGUUAAACAAA